AUGAAGAAAGAAGACUAUUUGAUGACUUCAUUGAAGACUAUAACACAGCAUCGAUGCCUGAAUAAAAAUAUUAUGAUUUGGUACUAUGGGAGUAAUACUUGUAGUCUAAGUAAAUGGGUAAGAAAGUCAAAACUAACGAUGAAGUAGGACUUGAUGAUGAAGCAUUAAAAAAACUUGAAAGAGAAAGACAAAGACAGGCAUAUGAAACUUAAGCUACAGCAGCUGCACUAAAUCAGAUUUAUACUCAAGGAAAUAUGGCAUCAGAAAUUCAAGAAACUGAAGCCAAGAGAGCGUUAAUGCAAUAGUCUUAUAAAAUUGGUGAUAUAGAAAAAGCUCUAGAUAUUCAAAAAGAACUUGUACCUGAAAAGAAAAAGCCUGGUUAACAAGGAUAAUGAUGUAAUUAACGAAAUAAUGAAGUAAAUAAAUAAAUAAAAAUAUAAUUAACUAAUUAAGAAUUGUAAUCUUUAUAAUUAUAAAACUAUUUUUGCAUGUAUAUAUAGAGUUUAACAUUCAAUCAACUAUAAUCAAUAAAAAGUAAAUAAAUAAUAAAUAGAUCAAAUAUAAUUAAAUAAUCUGACAUUUUUAUUUAUAUGA